GAAACGGAAAGGCGGGCAGCUUUCCCUGAACUUCUUCAUACAAGACGGUUAUAUGUACCGGUGAAGCGAGUAUCAUCGACCGAGAUGGUUGGGCCACAUGUUACGUAUGCCCGAACAUCGAUUACCACGACGCGCAAUGCUGACUAGUGUUGGGAAUGGUUGGAAGAAAGUUAGGGGCGGCCAAACUAAAACUUGGCAUCAGUGCUUGAAGUCACUAACUUCUAGUUUUAGCCAUGUUGGUAGAUGCAGACUACUUGGUUGGGGUCCGCGCGACUAUCGUUACCAAUGGUUGGAGACUCUUGGUGACAUGGCUCAGAAUCGAUCACAAUAGCGUAGGUGCAUAUACUCUUUGUCUUCCCUUAAACUAUGCAAUUAAAAUUAUUUCAUGUCUUUCUUUCUGUACUAUAACCUUGCAUAAAAUCUUUCCUUUAUAUAUUACACCAUUGAGUUAACGGCUUCUAUGAGUCCGGUGUUCGUCUUGCUGUGCUAAUGAGGUAUGGCAACUUGGACCGAUGCAUGUAUGUGCCUGGUCCUACGUUGUAACUGACUGACUAUCAUCAUUCUCGUCCCUUUCUCCUAGUCAGUCCAUCUCGUCCCAAGAUAUAUUCAUACCCGGUGUUGUCCAUUCCGACUUUGGCGUUUAGGUCACCCAUCACUCCUUUUUUUGAGGGUUCCUAUAAGCGUUUUUCGUGCUUCAUUGGAUAGCAUCAGUGCAACUCCUUGUGUAUGCGAAGCAUUUUCUUGUUCAUGAUCACAGUACAGCACCGCCUCUACCGAAUUUAAUCUCUUCUGUCCAGCUUGGUUCAAUGGAUUUCACUGAUUCCUAACACCGCCAAGUUGUAUCUCCACAUUUCCGCAGCUACUUGAUUGUUCUUUCUGAUCUCUCACAUUGGCCGAACAUUUCAUGUACCUAUAUUAAUUUUUGCUCUAGUUGUUAGAAGAGAUAUCAGCCUCGUGACUUCCGAAGAAUCAUGGCUUUUACCAUGAGGUAUUAUAGUUGAUGCAAAUGAAGAUCCUUCAAACCUCCAGGGCAGGGCUUAAAUGAUUUAUUCUGGUUAGCGUUUUUUAAACUAGGUUGUUUUCCACGGGAUGGGGUUACUGACCCCAUGCCCUACCAUACUCCCCUAUCCGGGCUUGAGACCGACAGUAACCCUAGGAGGUCUACAGGUGGAAAUGGGUUCUGAGGCAGGAACCUACUAUUAUUGUUCUCUUCUCUAGAUCUUAGAUUCCUAGUUUUUAUAUUGAUACCAGACAAGGUCGAUGGUGAUCACUUUCAAUCGGUUUCAGAAGAAAAGGUGACAAUUUAUUCAAUCAGUCACUUAUAAAUAACAUAAAGUGGGCACCUAUAUACAUCAGUUCAGAUUCGCCAAAACCGAUUCCGUAUAUUACUUUUAACAGUUUGAUAAGUAAUUUAGCAAUCCCAUGGAAAUCUGUUUAAUUUCUAUACUUCCAUUUAGACUGUCACUUGGAUUCAGUAAGCUACCUAUGGAGGAAUUGGAAAGUUGGAAAAGAACUCAUGAAACUCCAACUGAAUGGCGCGUAAGGCGAUCGUUUUUGGAAAAGAAUUUUAAUAAAUUACACCCUGAACGCUUGGAGUGUCUUUCACAUUGUUUUACUAAUGCUACAUUGUACAAAGUCAAAUAUCCAGAAAAAGUCAUGGAAGAGGUAUUAGAAAAUUCAGUGUUUGUAACCUAACUGAUAAUAUUUUAAUUAGAUCAACCUUCUUGGGGAAGGAAUUGAAGAAGCCAAUACUUGUGAACGGAGUAAAAAUUUCAGUUGACGAUAAACCAAGGUUAAAUAUAUCAACACUUUUGUACUUUGUUAUGAUGUGGAUUUCAAGCGAUGUUUUUAUACUAUUCUAACUGGAUAGUUGAAGUAAUGUGUAUCCUCAAUAUAUAUAUCUAUAUGUCAAUGCGUACUUCUUGACUGUUGUUUCAGAGAUUAGAUGUUCUUGUAUAGUUAUGAAGGCAGCUGUCACUUCCCGUUUGCUCACACCAUGAAGACAUUUUCCUUGGUUUACCUGGAAACUGUAUUAGUUGUGAUCUGAGAGCGUGGCCACACAACCCAAGAGACAACUCCUUGGGGUAGGUCACACAGCCUUUUUGUGGGGAGAUAGCUUCGUACUUUGAAAGCCCUUGCCAACAGAGACGGAAAUCCGUAUCGUAAGGUAAAGUAUGCUACUUCUAGGAUUUAUCUUUUCGAAUUCGUCCUUCUGUUGUGAGACGGCAACCUCUAUGUGGAUGCUUAGCCACCCCUUACAUCGAAAAGCGGUACUUGGUAGUGCAGAGGUAGGUUAAGAAAGAUAAGAGUGGUCAGAAUAAAGAGUGCCAUCAGUUCGUGAGGUCAUUGCUUAUUGGUCUAAUCCAUGUUGAUAAAUACAGACCACCUGGUUGGAGUCUGUGUGAUAACUGGCAAAAUGGCUCAGGAUCGUUCACACUGGCGCAGAUUCAUCCACGCUCUAUCUUCUGGGUUAUUAAUUCCGGUAUUCCUUCGUGCAUACCUUCCUAUUGUAUUUUUAAACCAUAUUCCCUACACUCAAUCUUCCUUAUCAUGAAUGUUACUUCAUUACUUCGAUCUCUUCUGUUGCUUUAUUCCCGUCAAGCCAAUCGAGUUUGACAGCUUAAACCAAGGACAUCUGUCUGUCAGAAAUUAAGUUAGGUGGAGGAUAUUGUUAACUGAAGAUCAGAAACGAUAUUAAAGGUUUUCACAAAAAUAUCGAACAUUACAUUUCAUCAGUUUGCUAGUCUUCAAAUUAGUUCAACGAUGAUUUUUUGAAAAAGUUUAUACAUUGAUCAUGUAAAUCGAUCCUUGCAACGAUCGAGUGUAAUUAUUGUAAUAACACAUUUCUGAUGUAAAAAUAUUGCUUUUCAUUACUCCUACUCAUCAUUUCCAGUAAUCUUAUUUCUUUUGUCUCUGAUUAUUCACUUACUACAAACAAUUUGUAUAUUUAUUGUUAAAAAGGUCGUCUUAGUUACACUGCUUUCAGAAAUAUUAUUCACUGUGAAAAUUAUACCAAAAAAUCUCAUAGGCAUGUAAUUUUAAUCUCUUGAUUAAAUAUUAUCAAUACAAAAAGGUGUUUUAUUUCACUAUUGGUAUAGUCAAAAAUUCAUUCACUUAGGGACUGUUUCCUUAGGUAAGUAUCUAUUCAGUUACUUCAAUCAAAAUGAGCUACCUUAGAAUCCAAUUAAUCGAAUUUUCUUUCAUAUCACACAUUUGGGCGAACUCUGAUUACUAGGUAUUCUCUAAAUAAUAAGUGUUCAAACAUCAUUAAUGCAUCAAUGUUAUGUGUAUGCAAAUAACUAUGCUCGCAAAUUUUGAGAAAUAAACCAGUAUAUUCGUAAAUAGUUAAUUAGUUUUCUCAAGUAGAACAGUUGAAUAUUCUUUGAUAAAUAUUAAAACGGAUUAUUCCCAUGUUAUUUCUGAAACAUAAUUAUGUAAUUCAAUAACGACUUUAUGAUAAUCACUGACUAGUUUAAAGAUAGAUUUCUCGAAAUUCUCGUGACCUGAGGAGCCAACAAGGCCAGUAGUGGAACAGUUACUCAAUAAAGCCGUCGAAUUGACUUCACGCGAAACCGUCAAUCCAAUGAGACUGAAAAUUUCUAUACUUCUUAUCUAGACUUUCCUCGUCUAAUUUUUCUAUUGUAAUUUGGAUCUACUAGCCAAUCGUUUUGAUCGUCUUCAUUUGUGAUAAAAUUGUGUGCCUCCCCUAGCAGUUAUAGCUUACUGGCUAAUACAAUUAGUCGGAGUAGGUUUGUUUAUUCAAUUUUAAUUUAUAUGAUGCAAAAUUAUCGAAUUAUAUCACGUAGCAUUCAUCAACAUGAGUUUUUUGUAAGACAAAAGAAACAAUAGUCCAUAGAUUUGGUUUUAAAACGUCUCUACGUUGGUGCGAGUACUUAUUGUCAGGAACAUUGUCAUAUUUUCAGCAAUUGUAGUAGAUAUCAAUAAAUAUAUUCUUAGUUUUGAGAAAGAGAGUAGUCAUUUGUAAAGUUUGGAAAUAUUAUUUAGAUCACAAGAUUACCAACGGCGAGAUUAUAAUUUAUGGACGAACCAACUAGAUCUUGGAUGUUGGAGCGGAAUUCAUUCACUCAUUUGUCUUAAUGGCGUUUUAGCUGAUGUCAGUUUGUGAUGAAAACCAUGAAUCUGAUUCUUAACCCUAACCAUCAGCUGUAAAUCAUAAUCCUUACUUUUCAAACCGCUUCACAACCAUCAUUUAGCCCUAUUAAGUGGAUGUUCUCAAGGUCACUGGGGCGUCGCUCAAAAGUCGUCCGUAAAUUAGUCUCACCAUUACCAACUAAUAAAAGUUGAAGAAUCAGUUAGUUUGAUUUACUUAUAAAUUAACAAAAAUUUGGUUUUCACCUACGCUCACCAAAGUGUGGAUGCAUAAAUUUAUCAUCCAACAUUGUCCCAAAACUUUAAAAGGGACUAUCUCUGACAGAUUAUAUACUUUUCUAUCUCUGAUAUAUACGUCUAUAUAUAUGAUGUAUAAAUAUAAGCUUCAGUACACUGGAUGCCCAUAUAUCAUUUUCAAAAGCAAAACAAGAUGUAAAACUAGAGGGAGAGGAAACAAAGAAAGUACGGCGAAAAAAACUAAUUGUAACAUGUUAAAGAAUAAGCUCUCGAAGGAC